AGCCAAUAAUGUAACUUAUUAGCCAACGAAUCAGUUAACCCGUUUCUUUAUUACUGAGCGUAUUCUGAUAUACGACAGACUAAGAACGAAGAUUCUGUUCUGUAUUUACAACUGAUCAGUUGACUUGUCACCUCGUUAACGAACGCACAAGAUAAACUUAAAAUUGCUCCAUUUAGAGCAAGCUUACUCUGGUUAUUAUUUAUUGUUCUUAAUAUUGAAAUAAAAAUUCACGUGGUUUGAUUGUUUUACUGUUUAUCUGUAAUAAUACACUAAAAGAUGUUUCGGAGCACCUUUUAUAAUUAUUAUUAUCUAUUUGUACAUGUGUUUCUUCAUGACUCGAUCAUAUGACUGUUAAUUUAAGUGGAAGAUAAUUUACUAUAAUUGUCGUCAGAUUAGUGAUUCUUAAUAUAUAAUAACAGUGUGGAAUUAUUUAUUUUAUUUUGGGCUUAAAGUUUUCAUUUUAUCUGUGAGAAAUGAUAAAUAAAAAUUUGCGUUGCUCAGUUAGUACUAUUCAAGUUAUUACUGAAAAUGAUAAAACUGACAGUAAAGAACCAGCCUCGGAUUUUGAGACGGCACUGUCUGCGACCGGUUUCGGACCGUUCAAUAUUUUGAUGGUGAUGGCAUUGAUACCCAUAGCGUGGGUCAGCGCUUUCGAUAUGACAUCUGCAGCAUUCGUUUUGGCUUCAGCUGAGUGCGAUCUCGAAUUAACGUUUAUCCGCAAAGGCUUACUUUGCAGCGCAGUAUAUAUUGGGAUGAUGUUGACUCCAUUAUUCUGGAGUUUCAUAUCACAUCGGUUGCCCAAACGAACACUUAUGCUUUUUGGACUACUCAUUGAUUUUUUAUGCAACAUACUCUGCAGUAUCGUUGACUCGUUUUACAUUUUUGUUAUUCUAAAAAUUAUUACUGGCACUAUCGUUAGCGGGCCUUUUACACUCCUGACGACUUAUCUCAGUGAAUUUCAACCAAAAAAAUAUCGAGCUCAAGUGAUUAUUUGGGCUGGCCUUUUAUUCAACGCAGGAUUUAUCAUUCCAGCAAUUUUGGCUUUCAAUGUUACACCACAAACAUGGACAUUCAUUAUUUUCGAUCGAGAAUUCACAGCUUGGAGGAUAUACUACAUUUUAUGUUGUAUACCAUCUAUUCUUGGUUUUAUUAUCUUGAGCUUUUUACCGGAAACUCCGAAAAUGCUUAUGGAAAAUGGAUAUCUUCCUAGGGCCUAUGAUCUAUUCAGACGCAUUUACGUAAUCAACACUAGAUUGCACAUUGAUACUUAUCCGAUAAAAUUUCUGGAAUCACCUUCGAAUAAAUUUAAUAAAACAAACGAGGAAUCGAAAUUCCAAAAAUUUCUUGAAACUUGGAACGAUACAAAAGAAUUAUUUAAGCCGCCAAAUUUAAGACAUUUUGUGAUAAGUAACUUACUGCAAUUCGGUAGUAUGCUUUCAUUCAAUACGAUGCGGCUUUGGGUUCCGCACAUGUUCAUCAUAAUCAACAACUUUGACUACUCUCGGUGGGAUCCAGCUCGUGGCAAUCCAACGAUAUGCGAGUACUUGAUUCCUGGCGUGAUUCCCCCAGGUCUCGCAAACGAGACUUUCUAUGCAAAUCACACCUGCAUUCGGUGGCACAUAAAUCCCAGUGUAUAUAUCAAUUCAAGUAUUAUUGCAGCUUCCGCUGUUGGAAUUUCAUUUCUUGUUGGCCUAUUAUAUACCACUAAAUUAAGGAAAAAAAUUGUUUUAGUUAUGGGAUACUUAAUCGCAAUACUCAGCAGUUUUGGAACUAAUUGGGCACAACUUGUACCUUUAAUGUUGACCCUAUCAGCAUCUAUUGUAGUCACGGGCCGAAUAACGGCUAACAUAGUUAUCGCGGCUAACGCCGACGUCAUUCCCAUACCGUUAAGGGCAACAGCUGUCAGUUUUAUCACAAAUACUGGAAACUUAGCGAGUAUUAUUGGAAAUCUCGUAUUUCCAGCUCUCCUCGAAUUUCAAUGUCUCAGUGCGUUUAUUGGAAUCGGCGCAAUGUUAAUACCCUGUAUGAUUAUAUCAUUAUUCACACUGCGAUCAGAGAAGAAAGAAAUAAAAAUCUCACCAUCAUAAGAUAAGUGAAUAAAUAAUUGGGAUUAUCGCGAGUAAUCAGAACGAAGAUUAAUUGAAUGAUACGUUUUAAUUUAACUCAAAGACGAUAAUUAUCAAUUGACAAAAGAGCAGUAUUACCUAAUGGCCCAGCUUAUUUUGAAGAUAAUAAUAAUAACAGAUGAAAAUUGUGACAAUUAUAACAAUGACGAUGUAGAUAGAUAUUAUUCCCUCUUAUUAUAAUUAAACUUCUGUAUAAUAGUUGAUUUGCUUCACUGACUGGAAUAUAAUUGAUAGAGAUACUCGAGUAUUUGCCUUCAACCAGUCACAAGUUUCACUUGAACUUUGUACUUAGAGAAUCAAUAUCAUAGAACUGAAUCAUAUUCACUAUUAUAUUUAUUUCUACUAAUGUAAUAAAAAAAAUUUCGGAGAAUCCGCAGGUGCACGCCUCAUAAUGUUUAUUUACUUUAUAAGAAAAAA